CUUGAUUUUUGUCGCCUCUAGUUUUAGUCUAAAUUGCAUGGCUGUCAGUGCGUGUUGGGGAUCAGUUACGAGCAUGCACCACUCACUUCAUAGAGCAGGGUAAAGAAAAAUGCUGACCCUCACGGCCAGCCCCAUGCCGACGUUGUUCCCGAAACGCAAAAUCCAACGGCGGGGCCGAUUCGCCAUUCUCGCUGCGGAUGAGUUCCCUCCAUUUCUACCGAAACAAGUGGAACAAAUCAAAGACCCGUUUGCUCGAAAACUCGCCACCCGAAUCGAGAGACUGCCCGUCAAGGUUAGCUUCUCGGAAAGUAGGAUUAUGAGUAGUUGUGUGAAGCCAUUGGUUCAGAGCAAGCAAAGUCCAUUGGUUCUUCUCCAUGGCUUUGACAGUUCUUGUCUAGAAUGGAGAUACACAUAUCCAUUGCUUGAGGAGGCUGGUUUGGAAACUUGGGCUGUCGACAUUCUUGGCUGGGGUUUCUCUAAUUUAGAAAGACUUGGGUCUUGUGAUGUGCAGUCUAAGCGUGAGCAUUUCUACCAGCUUUGGAAGUCAUACAUCAAAAGGCCGAUGACAUUGGUUGGACCAAGCCUGGGCGCCGCGGUUGCAGUUGAUUUUGCAGUCAACCACCCAGAAGCUGUUGAAAAUCUUGUUUUGAUCGAUGCAAGUGUAUAUGCAGAAGGCACGGGAAACCUAGCAACGCUACCCAGAGCAGCAGCCUAUGCUGGGGUAUCUCUAUUGAAGAGCUUCCCGCUACGCUUAUAUACAAUCUUUUUGGCAUUCAAGGGUACAUCAUUCAGCACCAGUUUGGACUGGACUAAUAUUGGUCGUUUGCAUUGCCUGUAUCCUUGGUGGGAGGAUGCAACUGUGAAUUUUAUGAUUAGUGGUGGUUACAAUGUCAGCAGACAGAUAGAUCAGGUGAAGCAGAAGACACUUAUCAUAUGGGGUGAGGAUGACCAGAUUAUUAGCAACAAGCUAGCAGUGAGAUUGCAUUGUGAACUGCCAAACUCAAUUAUACGCCAGAUACCCGAUUGUGGUCAUCUUCCUCACGUGGAAAAACCAGAUUCUGUUGCCAGAAUAAUCUUGGAAUUUGUGCAGGAUUACUGCCAAAAAGAGGCUCAGUUUGUCCUAAUGUAAUGAAGGUGUAUAUUCUGCCUCUCUGCUUCAACCAUAUUCAGAUUGGGUUUUCGCUGUAAUGCUUGAUCUGAUCAGUCUUACCUGCAGUUUUAAUGGUCAUAACAUUUGUCACUUUUGUAAAGGGUUAACAGUUCUGAUUUCAUCUAUUGUACUUCAAAAGCAGCAAGUGAUCCUUCCAACAUUUGUCACUUUUGUCUUGGCAAAAGAUUAUGUGAGAUAAAAAUUUCAUCAUAGUCGUUUUGCUUCCUAAGUCAUAUGGCUUGACAGAAGUUG